AUGACCACCAAUUCGAUAUCCCAAUCGGCGCUCUUAUUAAAACGACAACUUCGAGAUUUGAAGCGAUCACCAGUAGAAGGAUUUUCAGCUGGUCUUCGUGGUGAUGUUGAAGAUAUUUACAAAUGGGAAGUGGUUGUACUUGGACCACCAGAUACCCCAUACGAAGGCGGAGUAUUUCGUGCUACACUCGAUUUCCCCGUUGAUUAUCCGCAACGACCGCCAAAAAUGCGAUUUAUAUCAAAAAUCUGGCAUCCAAACAUAGACAUGGAUGGCAAUGUUUGUAUAUCAAUUCUUCAUGAACCAGGCGAUGAUCGUUACGGUUAUGAGAAACCGGAGGAACGUUGGUUACCGGUUCAUACAGUAGAAACCAUUUUGCUAUCAGUCAUAUCUAUGCUUGCCGAUCCAAAUUACGAAUCACCUGCUAAUGUUGAUGCUGCUAAAAUGCUCCGUGAAAAUUAUCCAGCAUUUAAAAAGAAGGUUGCUGAAUGCGUGCGCAGAACUCAAGAAGAAACUUAG